AUGCCUCAGGUCAAAUGGGAUUCCGUGGCCGACCAAACCCUCCUUACAACCAUCCUUGAGACCCAUCAACUAAGAGUUGAUGCGGCCAAGGUCGCCGAGGCCUGGCCUGCCCAAGAUGGCAAGCCCAAGCCUACCCCCCGUGCCAUCAAGGAGCGUCUCGCCCGGAUCAAGGAGAACAAUCGCCUCCGAAGCUCCAGUCACAGCGUCAGUGCCACUGCCUCCGGGACUUCUAGCCCGGUCACUCCCAAGAAGCCUACCCCACGCAAAAAGACUGAGGAAGCUUCCACUUUUGCUGGCCCUUCCCGAAAGAGCAAGCGCACCGCCAGGGCUGCUACCGCUCAGCACGGCCAAGCCAAGUUCAAGAAGGGAGAAGACGUACCUUCUGAGGACGAGGCUCUUGCCGCUUCCCCCAUCAAUAAAAGCAUGGACCUGGGCCUUUUUGACCCCAAGGUGAAGGAAGAGCCACUCGAUUCCGACAACGGGAAGGAUGUGGACUGGACCGAGAAGAAUAAUUAG